AACUGAAACAAAAAGAAGGGCUUUAUUUCCCCGUGUUCAUCACCUGACUAACAGAUCGGGAAAAGAUCGGCGAGAAGCAUCGGGCAAAGAUGGGCAAUCGAUAUAUAGGGAUUACUAAUUUGAAAAGAUAUAACAUUUUGUUCUUCUCUCGGUUUCAAUUUCUCUUGGUUCUCCCCUCUUCAAUCACAACUUCUUGAACUGGGAUCUGUGUGCACGUUCCCAGAUUUUUUUCUCCCCUCUUCUCCAAUCGACGGCAUGGUUCUUCCUAUCCUCUUGAAAUCGGUGGGUUUCCGGUGGAACCCAUUAACGCGAUGGUUAAGGUAUUAGACGCAAUCUUUCGCAUCCAGGCCUGCUAUGUUCUUUACGUUACAAAGUUUUUGUUUUUUUGGUUGUACUCUGAUGAAAAUCUAAUUGGUCUUUCUUUACGUUACACUCUCUCUCCCUUCUCAAGUGACAACUAGGUCUCUUCUCCGAUCAUCGCCUUUCUUCCCUCUCUCACACAAUGUACAAAAAAUUGAAGCUUUCAUGGUGCCAUGAUUCAUCGGCUACCGACUGCACCCAUCGUGGUAAAUCAAACGCCCCACCGUACCCAACCCACCGUGCUCAACAACUGCUGGGCUCAACAACUUCUAGAUCGAUGUUGAUUUCUCCCUCUCCGGCAAAUCGGAGUCGUCAAACCUUUUCCAUUCAGUUGACUUCCAAUCGUCAACCCCUUUCAAAUCUGUUCAUCGGCAAGUCCGAUAAGGGUUAGAUCGACAAAACCAGACCUUGAAACACCAACAAGGGUUAGAUCGAUGAGGUUUCACAUUAACGGUGAGACGGAUAAUCGGAGAAGGACGACUGGCGGUGGUUGAUUCCAUUAAACAUACCAGAGAGAGACAGCCAAGGAACUAAAAAUAGUAUCAAACUAGACUAGCCUCUCCUUCUAAUCUUGAUUACAGUUCUCCUUUUUCUCCUUUCUGAAUAGACUAGCCUCUCUUUUAUCUCUUAUUUUUUACAUUUGCAGCUAUUAGGGAUGAUGAUAAUGGAGGAAUAUGGGAGGUCUUUGGUGAUUGAAGGUGACAUUGGGUAGUGAUGUUUGUGUGGGUGGUGUAGGGGGAUGAAGAGGAUAGAAGAAGUUGAUGAAGGUAAGUGAAUGGAGAAUGGAAUUAAAAAGCUGUGAAGGUUCGUUUGAAGGUUAAUUGCUAUAGGUUUAUGGAGUAGGACUGUAGGGUAAGGUGGCUGGAAGUUUUGAGGAAAUAAGGGUGGUGGUUUUGGUGGUCAUGGUGGUGAAAUGGUGAAGGUGAGUCUUGGUGACGCGGUGGCUGGAAUGGAGAUUGUGGAGCUGGGAACGGUGUUCGGUGAUGGUGAAUGGAGGAAUAAGGUGAUUCAUGAUGGUAGAAGGUGGCGAUGGUUGUGUGGAUCUUGGGAGGUUGAUGAUGGUCAUGGGGGGAGAGAGAGAGACCCAUUUGUAUAUUAUUUUAUUUUUAUUUUUUUAAAUAAGUAAAAAGAUCAUAAAUGGUCCCUGUGGUGUGAAAUGACGAAAAUGCCCUCAAUUAACGGACAAAAGUUAACGGAGUUAGUAAUAAGGACCAAUCGUCAAAAGUUUUGAAAACAAAGGGACCAUCUAUAAGGUUUUUAAACCACGGGGACUAAACUUCAGAUUUUGGGUAACCAUAGGAACCAUUUAUGAUGUUUUUCCUUCUUUCGAGAAUGUGCAUAUAACCCCUUGUAGUUAACUCCUUUUAGUAUCUUUAAAUUUCAUUAAUAAUCCCUUUAGACGACUGAACUUGUACAGAUGCAACACAGUUGGUAUUGUCAUAGGUUUUAAACAAUUUUAGUGUUGCAUUUUAUACCAUGUUGACUUUAAUUUAAUAUUACAUUACAUAUGUUUUGCAUCGAAAGCAGUUACUUCAGGUAAAUCACAAUAUUUUUUAAGGUUAAAUGCAAGGAAUAGUAACAUACUUUCAUUUUAUUUAUGCUAUAGCAUCCUACUUCCAUUAUCGUUUGUUAUAAGGUUAUUUCAUGUAAAAGAGAAACUAACAUAUUAAGCUCACUAAGUAAAAAAUGAGCAGCCCCUCAUUCCCACUUCAUCACAUAUAUUGGAAGUACAUGUAUUAGAAUGUGUCUUCCUAACUUACAUCACUACUGGAAACACACACAAACAAUGUAAGUAAUACCAUAUGGGAAAAUAAGUUGAAGGAAAUUAUGAAAUGAAAAUCAAUCGUUCUAACUAGCAAAGGGAAUUUCUGUUAAAACAUCCUGACUUAGUGGCGCUAACAACAUAUUUUAUCAUGGACAUUUUAUCAAACACCUAGAGUGCAGCAUAUUUGGUUCCCACUAAUGGCUAACAAAGCAAACAUAAGGCAUUAACACAAGCAUAGAAAUGAUAACACAAAUGCAAAAACUGUAAACACUAGAUAUGGAAAAAAAAAUGAACAAAAACAUUCCGCGUUUGUAGCCUUGUUUUUGGAGUCGCACAAGGGUGAGAAUGGGAAGUGAGUGAUAAAUAAAUAGAGAAAUUUAAAGGAAUCAAUUUCAAAACCAUUACUGAUUAUGAAGUUAAUUUGAAUUGGAGAAGAUUUGAUUGAUGCGUUAUAGUAGCAGAAAUACAUACCUGCCAAAUCAGUUCAAGUUCUUAUAUAUCUGUGGGAUUUUGAAAUCCAAAUUAGAGUGAAUCAAGGAACCGAGAUUUGAGGCUGAUUGAAGAUUUAGAAUAUAAAUUCCUGAUUUUGUAAUCGAUUAAAAUAUCAAAAUGAGGAGGAAAACACUUGAGUCGUAAAUGAAUAUAAAAGGCCAGAAGGGCACUGGGCAUACGGUAUUUUACUCUGUAAAAUUUUUUGGCGGGAAAAAAAGACUUGGCAAAAAGAAUAUACUUUAUUAUAGUAGGAGAAGUACACGUGUCAAACUAUUUCUAUAUAGGAUAUGCACAAUAUCUUAACCGACUAAUAUCUCAGAAUUACAGGAAAGAUAAUCUUGCUGUGUGAUAAAAGGAUACACCAUUUCUAAAGAGGGAGGGAAAUUACUCAAACAGAGAGAGCGACGCCCUGUACCCUAGGGCAAAAACGCAUCUUUGAUUAGGUAUUUGAAGUCGAUUUCAGAGUGUUAUAUGUUUAACCCAGGUUGUUUGUGGUCGUCAUUGCUAAAUGGUUAAAUAUUUAUCACAAACCUAAUAACAGUUUAGCUUCUUUCAGCCGCAUUGCUAAAUUAAAUGCAAAUAUGUGUCUUCUUAUGCAAUGCAGCCGUUUGUGAGUUUGUGUUGAAGGUCUGAUCGAUGAGGAUGUUUAUGCAAUUCUGAUUACAUCUUCUUACAGUUAUGGUGGUUUUUUAGACAAUUUUUUGGUAAAUUACUAAGUCUCUGCUGUCGGAAGGAAGAUGAUUUAGAUAAUAUAUAUGUACCAAUUAAGUUGCAGAGUUUCUUGAGUAGGCUUCAUUAAAACUAUGGACCUUUUUUAUUUAAUUUUUUUGAAUCAGUUGCUGAAUUUCAUGAUGCCUUUUAGCCUUACUUGUAUAGUAUGUUCGUAGAAUGAGUUGUUCAUCUGCUUAUUUUUGAGUCUCACUCAGUUAUAUAUAUAUCGUUGCUAAUUUUUGAGAAAAGCUGUUCUUCUAUGUUGAUAAUCCGGAGGUGCAGACAAGCUAGGUUAAUCAGAAUGUACAUAAAGCAGAUCUCCAUUCAAGGUUUUGCGAACCAUAAAGGUGUUGUUUUUCGAGACCUUAGCCGAAAAGCUAACUACAUCGAUGCUGAUAUGGAGUCACUUUUAUCCCGUCGCAAUAUGCUUUGUAUUAAGCGACAACAAGACACAGAACACUGACGUCAAUACUGCUCAGGAAGGAACUGUUGAGAUUGUAUUUGAUAACUCCGAUCAUAUCAUUCCGGUUGAUAAAGAGGAGGUAAUUUUGCGUAGAACAUGCAAUAAAUAUUAUCUGGAUGAGAAGCGUACGUAUAAUGGAAAAUGAAUUAAUGAAUCUACUGGGAGCUGCUAGACUCAGUUUAUAUUGCUUUAUGCUGCCGAACCCGAUAGCAUCGUUGAUUGAUAUGGACGAUGUAGAAAGACUUAAUCUACUAAAAAAAAUUAUUGGGGCCCAAAUCUAUGAAGAGCACCAUGCUGAAAUCCGCAACAAAAUGGCAAAUAUAGGUACAACGAUAAACAUGCUGCGUGGAAAUGUCCAAGAGUUUGAAAGCCACAAGGAAAACCUUAUGCAAAUCACCUUCAACCAAAUUGAGGGAACACGGGAAGGAGUGGAGGGUGUUGAAAGAGUAUGCAAAGAGUCCAACAUCAGUGGGCUUAUUGGUCCUAUCUACAAGUUGAUUGACUGCGAAGAAAAAUAUUUUACUGCUGUUGAAAUAGUUGCAGGGAAAAGCUUAUUCCAUGUGGUAGUGGACAAUACUGAGACUGCGAAGACGAUAGGCAAACGUAUGAAUGAAGCCCAAGCUGGAAGAGUCACAUUAAGGCCGUUGGAUCAGGCUCGCACAACUUGUAAUGUUGAUGAUAGUGAACUUCAAGCAUCGCACAUGACUCCCCUUUUAAAACUUCUAAAAUGUUCCCCCCUUCACAAGAAGGCACUUUCUCUGAUAUUUGGUAAUACCAUGUAUUUAGAAAAUCUACGUGAAAUUACGACGCAUGGUUAUGACUAUGUUACACCCAAAGGCUUUCAAUUUAGCAAAGGAAUUAUGAGGGGUGGAUAUUACGAUGAAAACAAAUUAAAGCUAAAAUUUGCGAAAAUCAUCAGAGAAAACGGAAAUUUAUGCUCUGAAAAGGGAGAAUGCCUCAAAGACAUCAACAAUAGAAUUGUACAACUACUUGAAAGAGAAAGAGAUAAAUUGGUUGGAUAUUUAGAAACGUACAAGAAAGAAAUUGCAGAGUUGCGUAAAUCAAUUGAUUUGGAAAGGUACACUGGAAAGGAAGAAGAGGAAUUAAAGGGUCGGCUUAUCAAUUCCAAGAAGAGACGAAAAAUAUCCAAUUCACCAGAAAAAUUAAUUGCAGACUCUAAGAAACAAAUAGAGGAUCUCGAACACUAUGCUACUGAAACCAGAGCUAUGAUAUCAGAAGUGGACAAAGAGAAGGAUGUUUGUAUGCAAAAGAUCUCCACAACUGUGAAUAAUUGUUUUGGAGAUGUGAUUUCUAAACUUGUCCCAGGUUGUUCUGGGAAGUUGACAAUGAUAAGGGAGGAGGACCGAGGUCCUGCUGAUAAUACAGAGGGGGGUCCCACAAAUUUCAUAGGUGUGAAAAUGGAGGUUUCCUUCCCUGGACAAGGGGAGACACAGUCCACAGUUGAGAAAACCGUAGCUGGAGUGGCUCUCAUACUUGCGAUACUUGAAUGUGAUCCUCCUCCCUUUUACCUGUUCAAUGGGAUCAUUGCUAAACUAGAGGAUACCAACUACCGACAUGCAGUCACAGAUAUCAUUUCUUCUUUGAUUGAAAAGACCCAAUUCAUUGUAUCAUGGCCUGAAGCGCAAAAAAAUGCUGACAAGAAAUUUUCUUGGGUGGAUGGAGAGCCGGUUUGAGGCCAUCAUGUUCAUGUUCAUGUUUCCAACUAGAGACGCAUUAUCAACAUUUAAUUUUCCUUACUGUUUAUUUGAUAUUUUUGCGUAACAUAUGAUACACACAUUUCUAUCGUGUCCCCAUGUCUUUUAAUUCGUUUUCCAUGACAAAAACUUUUUUGUGAUCACAAGUUUCGUAUUUAAUGCCAAUAUUAUAUCCCUAA